AUGAAGACAAGUCUGUUGGUCUUGAUAGCCACUCUGGCACUGCUUCUUGGGCUUUGCCAGAGCCAGCUAGAGUCAACGCACAGGACCGAGAUAGCACUUGAUCGUCGCCAAGCAGGCGAUUUUGAUGCUGAAUUCCCGGAAUAUGUCUACCGCGGCGAGACGGGGAGGAGCCCAGCAGAUGUCGAGAAGGACGGGGGCCUAUAUUCGCGAGGCGUGCAGAAACAACGAGCGGGAACUGCACUUUCUGCCGUUGAACUACAAGAAGGCAGCAGCCUAUUCCAUCAUGCGGCAGGGGAAACGGCCGAAUUUACACGCUACGUUUCGACAAGUGCUGAUCCCGGUGUGGGACUCACAUUUGCCGUUAACGAUGAUGUGCCUGAGCAAAAGGGCUACAUCUACCGAAUUCACACGGAUAAACGAAUGGUGGACGUGAAUAGGUCUCUGGGAAAAUACUCUCCCUACGCCGCGCAAAAAGAGCAUGCGGCUAUUGGCUUCAUCCCUUAUGACCAGAUCGAAGGCUGGUGGGAAGUCACCUACAAGGACGACUUUUCCGACCCAAAAAUCGGUAAGCAGAGUCAAGAAAAGCUACGACAGGGCAAGUUUAAGGGAUUUAAGAAAAACCCCAAGUUCAACAAGGGUAGUUUCCAAAAGCUACGAGGCACCGGCGCGGCACCGCAGCUUGCCGGGUUCCCUCGCCUCUCCCCAGCAUGGCAGGACGACACGUGGAAAGCAUUCAAGACACAGGCAGUAGAGAAGAACCUCGACGACUUGAUCAGCUCCAUAUGCGCCGGCAAGUCGACCAAGAGAGACGCGGGCUGCAUGACGCGUCUCGGCCACCAGGAAACCACCGGUCUCGCCAGGCCAAAACCCCCCAAGAAGCCUUCAACCGCUUCCAACCCCGACGGCAAGCCGCCAAAGUCCAAGGUGAGCAGCAAGCGUCCGAUUUACAAGUCGAGCAAAGUCCGGGUGACCAAGGCUGUGGGCAAGGCCGCUGCUUUUACUCUUAUCCUGCCGUACGCGAGGGACCUGCUCGAGGCCAUCAAGCAAUGGGACAACCCUAUCGGCGCGGCGGUCCGCUGGUUCGACGACGCCAUAGCUUCUAUCCAGGAGGCCAUUGGGGGCCCCUCGCGCGAUGACAUUGACGGAAACGAUCUCAAGGCCUCGAUUAUAUGCGCAUUAAAAGGAGGGCGAGAGAGCGAGACGAUUCAAGGGCGAAAGAGCCAUUUCUGCACCCCUACAAAAGAUGAAUUCACGGAGAGCCUGCAGAGGGACUUUAAAAAGGGCAGGAUUGACGAGCUUAUCCAGGGUUGUAGAGGCGUCGACGUGUAUAACGGUGGUGAUCCGCACGUUUGGCGGUGGUCUCAGAGACGCUGCGAGGCGCUCCAGCGUACUGAUGAAUACGCGGAGCGGAUAUGGGAAAUGGGCCUCACUGGGCUCCUGGAUUCUUGCUCUGAACUAGAGACUAACCCUCCAGGGAAUGAGGAUCUUCGAAUCAAGUUGGAGGAUCACUGUACCGCGUUCCAAGACGGGUGUGACGCCUACCACUUACAACCAUUUAGCGAGCACUGCGGGAGGCUAUGUCGGGCGUCUUAUGCCUUGGGCGGUUGGGGCGCCCUGUAA